AUGAGCUAAGAUAAUAAAUACGAGCAAUACCUAUAUGAUUAAAGAGAUGAUGAAACAGUAGAUAAGCAGGCUACCAUAGUUAAGCAGUACUGUGAUAGAAAUAGAAAGUAAAUAUUGCCAGCUAUAAAUAAAUAGCUAAAAUAUGAAUAAGAGAACUAUAAGGGUUAUAAAUCAAAUAGUCUUAUCCUAAGGAUGGAUUUUUCUGAUGGAAGUUUUGUUUAGUAUGCUGAUAAUGUAUCAAGUAACUCAAGUUUUAAGUUUAGCAAUAGAUGUAUUCUUGCUAUACCUGGUGUACCAGGUUCUAUUAAAGAUUUUGCACCAAUAGAAAAGCGCUUAGAGCCAAAUUUUUGCAGAUUUAUUCACUUAUUUCUACCAGGCUUUGAUAACAUAGAUGAAAGGAGAGGUUAAUAUGUUGGCACUUUAUAAGAUGGAGUUAAGAUGAUUAAUGAGUUUUUAAACAAAUUAGGAAUAUAAAAGGUGGUAAUUAUGAUGCAUUCUUUAGGUGGUUUUUUCGGUAAAUAUUUUGCUUGCUGCAAUCCUGAAAGAGUUGAUGGCCUCAUUUAAAUUGCUUCUAUUCCCUUAACUGAAUGGCAUGGAUGGACAUUUAUGAGAUCUACUUAUGAAAAUGCUUAUUAUUUAUCAGAAAACGAGUCUUUCUCGUAUUAUAAUAGCGAUGAAGCUAGAAAAAAAUUAUAAUAAGGUUCUGCUGAGCUCAAAGCAUCUCUAGCUUAAUUACCUAAAAACGUAUAAAGACAAUUUGCUCCAGCUUUGCAUUUUUCAACUAGCGAUCUCUUUUGUUUAAGAAAAAUAACCAGAAGUCUGCCUGGCGGAAUAGGAGAAAUUUUACAUAAUUUUAGAAAGCUUGAUAGUAGAAUCCCAAGACUGAUUGCUUACUCGCCAAAAGAUGAAUUAGCAACAAAAAAUUUAUACGAGGAAGAGAUAUAUGAUUUAUUAUUUAUAAAUAAUAAAGUUAAUUAUACAAUUAAAUAAUAACCUUUUAAAGACGUUUAAUUGGAUCUUUCAAAUUUUUAGAGUAACUUUGUUUUUAGAGUAGAUGAUGGAAGCCAUUAUCUUCAUUUUGAAAAGGCUAAUGAACUCUCUGUUUUAAUUAGGCAUUUUAUUGAAACUCUAGAUUAUAUUGAAGUAUCUCCUCCAUAAAAGCAAAGACUUUGA